GUGGGGAUCAUGUUGUCAUAAUGAACACAAGGCACAUUGCAUUUUCUGGAAACAAAUGGGAACAAAAAGUGUAUUCCUCACAUACUGGCUACCCAGGUGGAUUGAAACAAGUAACAGCUGCUCAACUUCACCAGAAGGAUCCAGUGGCAAUUGUAAAACUGGCUAUUUAUGGCAUGCUGCCAAAAAACCUUCACAGAAGAACUAUGAUGCAGAGGUUGCAUCUUUUCCCAGAUGAAGACAUACCAGAAGAUAUUCUUAAGAAUUUAGUGGAAGAGCUUCCUCAACCUCGGAAAGUACCCAGACGUCUAGAUGAGUGCACACAAGAAGAAAUAGAGGCUUUCCCAAGAGUGUGGUCUCCACCUGAAGAUUAUCGGCUAUAGAAGAAUGAAAGUUGCAGAAAACAACAAUGAGGUGAUUGAAACUUCUUCCUGGUGAAUUUCUCCUA